AUGACUCCCACGGGGCACGGCAGAAGCGUCUUCCGGAGACCCCCGCGACGCCAGGUGCCAGUGAGCAAGGACCGCAGCCCGGUGCCGGUAGCGGAUCCCCGGCGCGCGGUCGGCUGUGACGCGUCUCCGCAGGAAGUUGUGGCCGGAAGCGACGCCUGGGAGAAGCCCAGCGAUGCGGUCGUGGACGAGCUGCCUCCGGGGAAGCAGCAGCUGAUGGAGAAGUUCUUCAGCCCAGUGCGGAGUGCCGGAGGAGGCACGGGCAAGAAGGGUUCAGAAGGAAAGCCAGCAGAGAAGGAUGCUCACCAGCGCCACCGUCAGCAAAGGGAGCACCAGCACCCACACCAUUACAACCAGCAGGGGGCGCAGUUGACAAAGAAUAAGCAAAAUCGUAGUUAUAGCACGACAGUGGGCAACAACCGCCGUCCUCAUCAUCACCAUGGCUACCACAGCACAGACCAUCGUAAUGGACACUUGCAUCAUCCUCACUGUGACCACCGUCAUUGCCAUUAUCACCAGCAACGACGUAGCACCAAUGGAACACCUCAUGCAUCGGGCCCAGAUUCCUCUACUUCCUCUGGUUCUUCGUCAUCUUCCUCUUCCUCCUCUUCUUCAUCUUCCACCUGGUCUUCUGAGUCCAGCCUGGAAAAUGAGACCUUCCUGGCGGACAGGAAACAGAAUCUAUACCGGCCGCAGCAGUCACGGUCCUGCACCGACAUCUCCAGUGGCAGAAGGGACUUCGAGGAUGAGGAAGAGGACACCAAGCCCUUACUUGAGGAUGAUAGUCAUCUAUACAAGUCUCUCAGCCUUGAACGUAACCCGGCCUCCCGCAAUACCGUAGAUGGACGGAGGCGGGCAGAAAAGCCCAAGAGAGCCGGUUCUUCCAACCUGUUCCCCACUAAGGGUAUUCUGAAGAACCGACAAGGACCAGGAAGUGGAUUGGCAAGUGCAGGCAACUUCCGCAAAGCUAAAUCCAUGGAAGCCCUGUCCCACAAAGGCGAGAGGGCAGGAACAGGGACAAGGUCUUGGAGUGAAGGACUAGGCAAGCCUAAGAUGGGCCCAAGUGACGUGGAGAGGAGGAAAGAGGAGGCCAGACAGAACUUGGUCAAAGAGAAGCUUCAGUUCUCUGCCUUCCUGAAUGAGAUAACCAGACGGGUCCUCAGCCCGUCCCGGCUCAGCUCCCUGGGCGUCGUAGGCAGCAGCCGGCCGAACAGCCCAGGCCAGAACUCUCUGAGGUACCCUGAAGAGGAGAGCAAGAGGCUUGAGGGAAAGAUGGAUAAAGGGAAGUUGGGAUGGCUGUGGGGGUGUCCCGAUAGUCUGGGCUCUGAGGCCUCCAGCAUCCAAUCCCUCUGCACCAGGCGCCCCCAGAUCACCAGGCAUCAGGACCCGAACCUCCCUCAUCCCCACCACCGCUCCCCUGCUGCUGGCUCCUCCCCCAACCCCCGCCACAGCCCAGGAGGCCACACCCCUGAAUACCACAGUGACACCAGCACCAGCCCCGAAAACAGCCUCCGCCUAGGACAAGGGCUGAGUAGUGGAUGUGGUGUGCAGUUCCAGGUUGGCUCUAAGACCCAGCUAACAGACGGGACCAGCACCAGCCCGGAGCUGAGCCCCCACCUGCCAAGACCCUCCCCCCGACAACCUCCCUCCCACCAUCAGCCACACAAUCCCCCCCCGCAAGCACACCACCACCAAAGGGCUCAGUAUAACCCUUCUCGCCAGCCCCCCCGCUCUACACCAGGACUCCUGGUCUCCCCCCACCUGGAAGCUCCAACAGCAGCCCAAGGGCUGGAGAUACGCUCCAGUCAGUCCAGUUCCUCUCAGAACACCACCAGCUCCAGUUCUAGGGAAAAACAUUUAUGUGAUAGCAACACUACCCAGGGCCUCAAGGUCAGUGGAGAGGAACUCCAGGGAGGGGGAGGGGGGCAUUUAGAUGUGGUUAAUUAUGUACACCAAAGUCCAUAUCUAUACCCCUGGUUCGGUUCGGCCAUUCACUAA